UCCAACUCCAAGCCAGUGCUCUUCGCUCUGGAAUCCUAUUCCUAGUUAAUGGCCGGCGGGUCAGGUCCGUGGUGACUAGCCACCGGUUAGCUAGCAGCGCCACCUUGAGAGCGUCGCCAUGGCAGGGGCGGAGGGACCGGCCGUGUAGCGGGCAGCGCGAGGCGGCUGGAGGAGUUAUCUGGAGGUCGAUCGACGAUGGUGGUGCACGUGGUGCUCCUCGCCGUGCCGGCGGUCGGCGGGUUCAUGCAGGCGUUCAAGUUCUCGGUCCUGCUCUGGCCGUUCAACAUCACGCUGCCGCUGCUCCGACACCUGCCGCGCGUCUGCCUCACGCUCAGGGCCGCCGCGGCGCACUACGACGCCGAGCUGCGCGCGUACCUCACCGGCCGCCGGAUGGUGCCGCUGCCGGAGCCGGGGUACUCGACCUUUCGCGGCGCGCAGAGGAGCACUCGUGAGCAGCUCGCCGCGCACGCCAUGAUCGCCCUCGUCGACAUCUCCUACUGAUGUCACGUAGCCAACAGCUUCUUGAUUCUGGCGGUGCUCUUCUUGGUUUGAUAGGUUGGUUCAGAGCUUUUUUUGGCGGUGCUCUUCUUGGUCGUAUAGGUUAGUUAUAAGAAUUUCAAUUGGAUCCUGCACAUAGCCACAUGGGUCUUCCAUUUCUCUUCGCCUGCAUUCGUCGGCUGCGUUCAUGAAUUUGUUGUGAUCUGUAUUCAUUUAUGAAAUGCAAAGAAGCUUAAAUUAGGA